UUCUGUAAGCAAAUGUCAUGAUGGGUCAACUGCUUGAUGGGUCUGCUUGCACCAACAUCGGCAUGACGACUCCGAAGCUCGGGCUGAUUUGCCGGCGGUGGCUCUAUCCCCCGCAGCACCCCAAUAUAGGGCAGCCCGUAGCUGAAAGGAGCAGCGGCCGUCCUCGAGAUUUUUCCUCAUCACCAACAACUCACAAUGGCCAGCUGGACCCGUUUGAUCCGCUUCAUCGCCGUCGAGGACGGCCUCGUCCACCUGGGCGAGGUCGACGCCGGGAUCGACGUUGGCCUCGCGACGUUUGAGAAGAAGACGGUGCAGGCCAAGGUCAUCACGGGCUCUGUAUUCGACGGCGUCGUGACCGACAAGGUCCUGACCGUGUCGCAGCUGCUCUCCCCACUCGACAGGUCCGAAGUCCCCCUCAUUCGCUGCCUCGGGCUCAACUACCACGACCACGCCAAGGAGGCCAACAUGCCGGUGCCUGAGCACCCGGUCCUCUUCAUCAAGCCGCGCACCGCGCUCAGCGGCCCGUACCCGCAAAAGAUCUCGAUCCCCAAGUUUGUGCAGGACGAGACGACCGACUACGAGGCGGAACUGACGCUCGUCAUCGCCAAGGACGGCCGCGACAUCCCCGAGGACAAGGCCAUGGAGUACGUGCUGGGCUACACGGCCGGCAACGACGUCAGCGCCAGGACGGAGCAGUUCCGCAACAGCCAGUGGUGCUUCUCCAAGGGCCUGGACGCCUCGGCCCCCAUCGGCCCCAUUCUGAUAGCGGCCUCGGAGAUGGACCCGCACAACGUGGCCAUCAAGUCGACCCUGGGCGGCCAGACGGUUCAGGACUCGCACACUCGUGAGAUGAUAUUUUCGGUCGCCAAGACCAUCGCCUUCCUCUCGCAGGGCACGACCCUGGAGCGCGGCACCGUCAUCAUGCUGGGCACCCCGCCCGGCGUCGGCGCCAUGCGCAAGCCGCGCGUGUGGCUGAAGCACGGCGACGACAUGCGCGUGUACAUUGAUGGCAUUGGCACGUUGAUCAACGAGGUGUACUACGAGUAGCUAGUCUAGAAUAGACGCAUCAAGCAUCCCAUUAAUCAGCCAGAUGCAUAUUGUCGGCUGCAUUUGCAUGAGAGUUGCAUCGUGACGGUGUUAAGGCAUCGGCGAUAUGUACGGCGCCAUGUCAGCAAGCUGUGGGGCCCACCCCGUUUUAGGAAUUUUGAACGAGGUGCCGGCGCGUCACGAUAUUAUCCGGGGGCAGCAAGAGCGAGGAUAGCAAGAGCAAGUAGGCAGUAGCAAUGUCAGCCGCUAGGCUUGUAGGGAAGGUUGGGAGUGGUGAAUGUUACCUUAUGGCCGACG